UUUUAAAUGUUUAUGAUACUAAAGUAUAUGUCGUAAAAAGAUGAAUCUCAUUUUCGGAGUACGACUCAUUUCCGAUAGCUAAUUGUAAACAUGAGCACAUGGAGGCCAAAAUUUUUACAAAUUGUCACUCUUAUAAGUGAUUGACAACUAAGGUUUAUGCGACUUACUGAAAACCAUGUUCCCAUUAUUGUUAAAAGACUAUAUUUUCUCUGUCGCGUCAAGACAGAUGAUAAAUGAUGCCAGAUUUCUGAUCCGUUUUCGGAUGUUUUGUUCCAAAAAAACAGACGAACAAGCAGUUGACACUGCAAGCGAUGCAAGUUAUGUACCUAGAAGACAUAGAAACCGACAAGCUGAUUCGUUACAUUCUAGAUCUGUUACAAGGACAUCAGAAUAUGAAAACCAUGGCAAACAUCAAGUCAAGGGAAUGCUUAAUGAUAUGAUUAUAAAUUCAGAUAAAGAUAAAGGAUUUGUAGAGACUUUUUCAUCAGAUGUUGAUGACAAUCAUAAAUCAAAAGAACAUGAAAAACAUUCACAAAUAAUAAGACCGGAAAUUGACCCAGAGACAAAAUCAUUUACUUUUUUUCCUGGGCAAGGAAGCCAGUUUGUUGGCAUGGGUAAACAAUUAUUACCCUUUCCAGGUGUCAAAGGACUAUAUGACCAUGCUAGUGAAAUACUGAAAUAUGAUUUACUAAAACUAUGUCUGUAUGGUCCAAAAUCAGAACUUGAUAAAACUAUACAUUGUCAGCCUGCUGUAUUUGUGACAUCUGUUGCAGCUAUUGAGAGAUUAAAAGAAGAAAACUUUCAGGGUAUAGAGAAUACCAUUGCUACAGCUGGUUACAGUGUCGGAGAGUUUGCUGCUAUGGUGUUUGCUGGAAUGAUGUCUUUUGAAGAUGCCCUCAGUGUGGUCAAAGUAAGAGCUCAGGCAAUGCAGAGAGCCUCAGAGGAGACACCUAGCGGAAUGAUGACAGUAUUUUGUUUCUGGGGAACCAAACUGAAUCUAGCUACAGAAGCAGCUAAACAGUAUUGCAAGGAGCAACAUCAUAUAGAAGAUCCUGUGUGUAGAAUAGCCAGCUAUCUGUUCCCUGAGGUUAAAGUUAUAGCUGGACAUGAAGAGGCAUUAGACUUCAUAGAGAAGAAUAAAAAAGAUUUUGGAAUAAGAAGUUGUAAACGUAUACCAGUAAGCGGGGCUUUUCACACUCCCUUAAUGGAUUCAGCAAGGAAACCUGUCAGUUAUGCAUUAAGACGGAUAGAAAUACAUCGUCCAAAAUUUCCUAUAUUGUCAAAUGUGACUUCUAAUAGACUGCAGAAUAACGUCAAUUUCCAUAAGACUGUUGUUAAUCAACUCGUGAGACCAGUGAAAUGGGAACAAAUAAUGUCAACGCUAUUCACAAGAGACAAAACUAAAUCGGCAUUUCCAUAUACAUAUGAAUGUGGACCAGGCAAACAGCUGGGAAUUUUCUUAGACAAAAUGAACAACAAAGCAUUUAAAAAUUACAGAAAUAUACAAGUCUAAUGACAAGUGAAGCCUUUUGAAAUAUGAUACUGAGUGAAAUAUGAUUCUGUUAAAAAUUGUAGUCGGCAUGAUACAGUUUUUCAUAUUAAAUUAUUAAAAUAAUAUU